GUGUCGGGCGGUCGGCGGGCCGGAGGCGGAGGCGCGCGGGUAGCCCGGGCCCAGCCCACACCCCUCGCCAGGCCCAGGAGGCGCCAUGUGGCCGCGUCCACGGGGGCUGCUGCUGUUGCUGCUGCUGGCUGGCCAGGUGGCUCUGGGUGCCCGGCGGGGUCGUUGGCGCAGGGAGCUGGCGCCAGGUCUGCACCUGCGGGGCAUCCGGGACGCUGGCGGCAGCUACUGCCAGAAGCAGGACCUGUGCUGCCGCGGCCGCGCCGAUGACUGCGCCCUGCCCUACCUGGGCGCCACCUGUUACUGCGACCUCUUCUGCAACCGUACCGUCUCCGACUGCUGCCCUGACUUCUGGGACUUCUGCCUGGGCGUGCCGCCUCCCUUCCCUCCUAUCCAAGGAUGUAUGCACGGGGGCCGUGUCUAUCCUGUCCUGGGGACGUACUGGGACAACUGUAACCGCUGCACCUGCCAGGAGAAGGGGCGGUGGGAGUGUGACCAGGAGCCGUGCCUGGUAGACCCAGACAUGAUCAAUGCCAUCAACCAGGGCAACUACGGGUGGCAGGCUGGGAACCACAGCGCCUUUUGGGGCAUGACCCUGGAGGAGGGCAUUCGCUACCGCCUGGGCACCCACCGCCCCCCUUCGUCCGUCAUGAACAUGAAUGAGAUUUAUACGGGGCUGGGCUCUGGCGAGGUGCUGCCCACGGCCUUCGAGGCCUCUGAGAAGUGGCCCAACCUGGUCCACGAGCCUCUGGACCAAGGCAACUGUGCGGGCUCCUGGGCCUUCUCCACGGCAGCCGUGGCGUCUGAUCGCGUCUCAAUCCAUUCCCUGGGACACAUGACACCUGUCCUGUCGCCCCAGAACCUGCUGUCCUGUGACACGCACCACCAGCAGGGCUGCCGCGGUGGGCGUCUCGACGGUGCCUGGUGGUUCCUGCGACGCCGAGGGGUUGUGUCUGACCACUGCUACCCGUUCUCGGGCCACCAGCAGGACGAGGCUGGCCCCGCCCCGCCCUGCAUGAUGCAUAGCCGGGCUAUGGGUAGGGGCAAGCGCCAGGCCACUGCCCGCUGCCCCAAUAGCCACGUCCACGCCAAUGACAUCUACCAAGUCACUCCUGCCUACCGCCUCGGCUCCAACGAGAAGGAGAUCAUGAAGGAACUUCUGGAGAAUGGCCCUGUGCAAGCCCUCAUGGAGGUGCACGAGGACUUCUUCCUGUACCAGGGUGGCAUCUACAGCCACACACCCGUGAGCCUCGAGAGGCCGGAGCACUAUCGCCGGCAUGGGACCCACUCGGUCAAGAUCACAGGGUGGGGCGAGGAGACGCUGCCUGAUGGAAGGACCCUCAAGUACUGGACGGCGGCCAACUCCUGGGGCCCCGCCUGGGGCGAGCGGGGCCACUUCCGCAUCCUGCGGGGCACCAACGAGUGUGACAUCGAGAGCUUCGUGCUGGGCGUCUGGGGCCGCGUGGGCAUGGAGGACAUGGGUCAUCACUGAGGCUGUGGGCACUAGGCCAGGCCUGGCCCCAGAGUCCCAGGCAAGAGCAGCCAGUGGGGGAGCCCCCCAGGGUGGGGGACAGCCGCUCCCCCCCGCCCUGAGCCCGAUGGAGCCAGGGGCGCAGGCGGGCGCCAGGGCUUUAAUCCCCACGGGUUCCGCUGACGCAGCGCCCGGCCUGGGAGCCGCGGGCAGGCAAGGCUGGCGGAGCCCCCAGACCUCCCAGUGGGGACGGGGCAGGACCUGGCUGGGGAGCAGCUGGGCCUGCAGAUCCCAGGGCCCUGGCUUCCUCACCCAAGACCACCCAAGCCAGGACACCCACCCCCAAGUCUUCAGCCCCACUACCCCACUCCACCCUGUAUUCUUAUUCUUCAAAGAUAUUUAUUUUUCUUUUCACUGUUUUAAAGUAAAACCAAAGUGUUGGGGCUGGCGAUGUGGCACAGUGGGUUAACCCACUGCCUGCAACUCAUAUGAGUGCCGGUUCAAGUCCCAGCUGCUCCACUUCCGGUCCCACUCCUUGCUUAUGCGCAGGGACAGCAACAGAGGAUAACCCAGGUGCUUGGGCCCCUGCCAUCUACGUGGGGGACCCUGAUGGAGUUCUAGGCUCCUGGCUUCAGUCUGGCCCAGCCCUGGCCAUUGCAGCCACUGGGGGGGUCUCUCUCUGUAACUCUGCCUUUCAAAUAAAUAAAUAAAUCUUUUUU